AUGAAACACCCGGAUCUUGCCCGCAGAACUGCCAAUAUCUUGAGCCUUGAGAGAGAUAAGGUGGAUGAAGGGGUUGUCUGUAAUUGGUUUGCAACUCUCAAGGACAGGCUGAAACAAGACCAUGCCUUACACAUCCUUGAAGACCCCUCGAGAAUCUCCAAUGUUGAUGAGACAGGUUUUGCCCUGCAAGUUCUUGAACAACUUCCAGAUGAGCUUCAAGAGAACUUUGUGAAGAUCAAAAGUGUAGGCUUAGAGUCAGAGAAACUACUUCUUCAAAUUGAUGCCAUUGCCAGUGCCUACUUGAAGAAGCUUCAGCUCAUGCCUGAUGAAGACAGGGACCUCCAGGAAGCCAAAAUCCAAAACCUUUUCAAGAAAGUUAAUCAGUUUUCUGAUGUUAAAGUGAACUUGGCAAGGGCAACAUAUGAAAUGGUGGACAAGCAUAUCAGGAAGCUUGACAUGGAUCUUGCACGCUUUGAAGCUGAACUCAAGGAGAAAGAUGAAACCUUCAAGCUGGAAGAUGUUGGGUCAAUGGGAUCACAAGCAAAGAAAAAAGGCACCAAGAAGACAGUGACCAAGAAGGCAAAGCGAAAAAUAACACGUAAUCCUGCACCAGUAUCAGUACCAUCUUCAGAUGAAGAUACUUCGGCUCGAUUAAAGAAACGAUUUAAGAAGAAGACCACAUCUGAAGAAGCUCCACUUCAAAUCCAGGCAUCAUCUCUUCCAUCUCCUUCUCAAGUUUUGGACAUGCCAGUGGAUCCCAAUGAGCCUACUUACUGUCUCUGUGAGCAGGUUUCAUAUGGGGAAAUGAUUGGAUGUGACAAUGUAGAUAUUGCCUCUGGCCCCCUGGUGAUGGGAUUCAUCAUGGUGGGGGACACUGCAACCACAGUGUUCAUAGUCUUUGCUGAAGAUCACAUGUUGUAUGUGCGCCUUCCAAGAGCACAAUCAAAAGACUGA